UUUGGAGCCCAGAAGCACGGUUCCUUCCCAGUCCAGGCCAGUGGGUGGCAAAGGUCACGUGUCUGACCGUGUGGAAGGCGUUUACCGCACCAUCUCCAUCCUCUGCUCUCCUAGGAUCCAUGUCAUCGCUGUUCCCUUCACCGUUUGAGGAACUGAUACCGGAGGCCCCGUGACUUGCCUGAGGCCCUCCCAGGACCCCAGGGGACACUGGCACUGAGGGGGCCGAUUCCUCAGCGCGAGGCCUCUUUUUGGAAGGCUGAGGCUAGGCCGUGCAUUCAUUCUAGCCCUCUUUCCUGGAAAUGCUGCCUCCUGCGCUGCCAGACGGAGCUGCCUGUCUGCGGGGGUGUGUGGCUGCUGCUUCCUAAAACCCUGCCAGGCUCCUGAGCGCAGCAGGCAGCUCCGCCCACCAUGCUGCCCACGGCCUCCGGCAGAAGGAGAACGUCUGCGGCCAGAUAUUUUGCCCGCUCCAAAAGCCUGGUGAUGGGGGAGCCGGACCAGAGCCCCAGGCAGCCCCGCGGCCCCUGCGGGCAGGGCCCUGUGCUGAAGGCAGGCUGGCUGAAGAAGCAGAGGAGCAUCAUGAGGAACUGGCAGCAGCGCUGGUUCGUGCUGCGCGGAGACCAGCUGUUCUACUACAAGGACGAGGCCGAGGCCAAGCCCCAGGGACACAUUUCUCUGCAAGGGACGCAGGUGGCCCAGCGUCUUCCUGGCCCUGAGGACGUGGGGAAGCACCUCUUUGAGAUCAGCCCAGGUGGUGCCGGGGAGCGGGAGAAGGUGCCGGCCAGCCCCGAGGGGCUCCUGCUCAUGGCCAGUUCUCAGCGUGACAUGGAGGACUGGGUGCAGGCCAUCCGCCGGGUCAUCUGGGCCCCGUUUGGUGGAGGUACUGCCCGUAGUCUGCAUGCUCACCCUCUAGAACCCUCGCGUCCAGGGGUCUUCGGGCAGCGCCUGGAGGACACCGUGCACCACGAGCGCAAGUUCGGGCCGCGCCUGGCGCCGCUGCUGGUGGAGCAGUGCGUGGACUUCAUCCGGGCGCGCGGGCUCAGCGAGGAGGGCCUCUUCCGCCUGCCCGGCCAGGCCACGCUGGUGCGGGACCUGCAGGACGCCUUUGACUGCGGGGAGAAGCCGCGGUUUGACAGCACCACAGACGUGCACACGGUGGCCUCCCUGCUGAAGCUCUACCUGCGGGAGCUGCCCGAGCCCGUGGUCCCGUUCGCCAGGUACGAGGACUUCCUCAGCUGCGCCCAGCUGCUCACCAAGGACGAGGGGGAGGGGACUCUGGAGUUGGCCAAACAAGUGAGCAGCCUUCCCCUGGCCAAUUACAACCUGCUCAGUUAUAUCUGCAAGUUCCUGGAUGAGGUUCAGUCCCACUCAGAUGUCAAUAAGAUGAGUGUCCAGAACCUGGCCACCGUGUUCGGACCGAACAUACUCAGGCCACAGAUCGAAGACCCGGUAACCAUCAUGGAAGGCACGUCCCUGGUCCAGCACCUGAUGACCGUCCUGAUCCGCAGUCACAGCCAGCUCUUCAGUGGGAGGGUCCCUGAGGGGCCGGCUGCGCCCCACGCGGGCCCACCCUGCACCGUGGGCUGGGGCUCGGAGGAGGCUCCGGGAGACAGCCAGGCAGAGCCCGGGGGCCCCCGCCUGCCCUCACUCAGGACCUCGUCCCUGGACGGGGCAGCGGUCGCCGCGCUCUCCAGAAGCUCCCCCAGGGGCCGCGGGGGCCGCCCUGCCGCCCGGGGCACUGGGAAGCGGCUGCAGACUCUGCCCGGCUGGAAGGCCUUUCGGCCAUCGGGGUCUCGGUCCGGCAGCUCGUCCCCGGAGGCGCCCACAGCCUCCUCCGGCGGGAACUGGCUGGUGAAUGGGCUGUCCUCCCUGCGCGGCCACCGCCGGGCCUCCUCGGGGGACAGGCUCCAGGAUGGCGCUGCCCAGAGGCUCUCCACCUACGACAACGUGCCUGCGCCCAGCCCCGGCCCCGGCCCCAGCGAGUGCAGCCUGGCCUGGUCCGGGGGCUCCUCCUGCGGGGCCUCCUCCGGGGGCUCCGUCAGCAGCUGCUCCGCCUGCCGGGCCAGUGACUCCGCCUGCAGCUCCCUGCACCCCGAGGGCACCCCCGAGCCCUCCCCGGCCCCCAGCAGCAGCGAGGAGCUCCGGUCCCCGGACCCAGGGCGCAGCCUGGAGGAGGCGGCCGUCUGCCUCAGCAGCAGCGAGCCCAGCGAGCCCUGCAGCCCGGCCCGCGCCCCCGCACCGCCCUCCGCGGCUCUCCAGGGCCUGGUGGCCGAGCUGCGGGCGGAGCUGUGCCGGCAGAGGACCCAGCACGAGCUGAGCGUGAGGAGACUCGAGGACGGUACCACCGAGCUACGGGAACGGAUGCUGCGGCUGGAGGAGGAGCUGGACCAGGAGAGGAAGAAGUACACCAUGCUGCAGAUCAGGCUGCGGAACUCGGAGCGGGCGCGGGAGGACGCCGAGAGGAGGAACCGGCUGCUGCAGGAAGAGAUGGAGGAGUUUUUCUCCACCCUGGGCAACCUGACUGCAGGGGCCAGGGGGGCCCCACCGUGAAGGAGCCCCCUGCUCGCCUCCCUCCACAGCAGCAGGGGGGGUGCGGGCGGGGGCUGUGAGGAGGCUGAGCCCUGCCCCGUGGACCUCGGCAGUGCCCGGCACUCGCAGCCGCAUGGCGAUGGAAGCCUGAGCCCCUGUGCCACCCGGCUGCUGUGCUGACUGGCCGGUGCCAGAGGCGACAGGCCUAUGGCCACAGAAACAGAUGGUGCCUGGCACCCAAGUAGCACACCGGGGGCACUGCCUUCUUUAUUAAACCCGCUCUGCAAGUGG